UCAAACCCUAAUGGAGGGAAGAAACUGAGGCUCCUUUUUUCCCUGAACCUUAAAUACCCCCCCUCUCUCUCUCUCCCUCCCUAAAAUCCCCCUGUUUCCUUCACUCCCUUUCUUUCUUUCUUUCUUUCUCUCUGCCUCCCUCCUCUUUCUUUCUUAUUCGGCCAUCUUGCUCUCACGGUCCAGAAGGAAGAGUUCUCUCUCUGGGUUCCUCCAACCGCACUCAUGCCUCGUUUGAUGAAACCGUUGUUUCUUGUCCUCCUCGUCUUCUUCGUCUUCGUUUCAUCUUCCGAAGCGAAAAAGAAGACGAAGCAGAAGUCCAGCGAGGACAAAACCCUGAGCUCUGGAGAGAUGAGCACUAUAAAUGGCGACCGCUGCACCUGGCAAACUCGAGAGGGCAAAAACAACAUGGUGCUCCAGCUCAAAUGCUCCACCCCCUCCGAGGAGGCGGGGCUUGAGUCCAGGAAUUACGAGUGCCAGUUUACGGGAAAACCGAACGAAUGCCCCGCCUACGGAGAAAAGCCGACGCAAUACUGGAAGCAGGUUUUAGGGAAGCUGAAAAAGCGGCCGAGCGCCUGCGAAGGAGGAAAAGUCCUGAAGGCCGCGAUGUGCCGAAGUGCUCCAAGCUCCGCCCACAUGAAGCUGGUGAGAGAAAAGCCGACAAGCGGAAAGGAUGGAGAGAAAGAGGAGAAGAAAGAUGAUGAAAUGAUGAUGGGUGAUGAAGGGAUGGCGGACGGAGUAGCAGAAACGGAGAGCUACUGCGUGGAAGGAUGGGAUCCUCUCUGCCACUUCCUCACCAAGCUUCUGUAAAAAAAAUAACCUUCUGGGAAAAUAAAAUGUUACACGAUAAUUCACGUUAAAUAUGUUUACUCACCGUGUUCACGCAAUCAGAGUUCACUGCUGUGAGGAAAACAAUCAGCUACAAGCUGCUGAGUAAAAACUAGCACUAAACAUUAGCAUUAAACUAGAGUUAGCAACAAAUUUUCUUCCUCUCUUUUUAAAACUGCUAAUCAAAAAUCUUCCUCCUUCCUGGAUGCUGUUGCUGUUGUUGUUGUUUGCUUUUUAAACUUCAUGUUGUAUAUUUUACAGAAACUAGCCUUUGUCCUAAACACUAGUCAUGCCUAAUUAGCAUUCUUCCUUGAAUAGUAGCCGUUUUAAGAAAAUGCUAGCACACAGAGCCCAUUGCAACAAAACUUCCUGAUAGUCAGAUGUUCAUACCAAGUUGCAGAGUGAUCAUGUUUUUACCCAUAAUGCACCAGGAGCGUUAGUUUUACCUUAAAAUUAAAAUGAAGAGGAACAUGCAAAAAGCUAGCUAAAUUUACUUUAGCAACUGAACUCAUGUGUUUAGCGUCCCCGUAUCUUCUAUCAGGAUUUAGCUAAGUGUGCUGAUUUAUGUAGCAAGCUAAUCACGCAUGCUAAUCGCUAAUUAGCACAUUAGCUAACAGGUUACAUUAGCACAAAGCACAAAGCUUUUUUUUUUAGCAAUAAUUUUGUUUGAUUUCAUUUUAAUAUCAGCGUUUUAGUCACACACUAGCGUUUGGGAUACAGCGCUAAGCUAACACAGGAAGUUAGAAUGCUACGCAAUCUAAUAUAAUUAGCAUAGCGUAGCAUAGCGUAGCAUAGGUUUACUCGUGUGAUUUCUUUAUGAAUUGUUUUGACUAAAAAAUUUAUUUCAACUUUGUAAAUCUUUUCUAAUCAUCAAUAAACUCAAUGUUUGUGUUUAA